UUUGAACAACCCGGCUCAGGAGCUCCGCUUUUAGGCUUGGCUAAAUCAAUAUAUUAGUUCUUUAACUCUGAAGUACUGUGUACAUGUACCGGUACAUAACACAUUCAUUUUUUUUUUGUUCCAACUCGUUUCUUUAUCAGUAGUAACAAUCAAAACAGCUCAAGUGUUCUACCUAAUGAUAGUUGCAAAAUUUAUGUUGUGUCACAAACACACAAACUUCUCAAAAUCUUUUUGAUCAGAUUGAAAUAUCAUGAGUUGGCUUGAAAGCCAUUUUUGUUUUCCUAUCAAAAAGAGAAGUUCAGCCAAUGAUUCAUAUCUAAGGUAGCCACAUGCAGUCCUUGACUGCCUAUUGUUCAUCUUUGCAGUUAACAUCAUGCUAUCCCCCCCUGUUGAGACAAUAAUAAGUUUUGGGGGAGGGGAGGAUGGGGUAUUCCUAGAGGAGCUUAGCUUUUACAGGACCAAAAAUCGCUGAUCAGCCAGUCUACUCAUUGAUUCAUGACUCAUAGACCCAUUUGACUCAUAAACAACCUACUUCAGGAUGACUUGCCUGACAACUCCCUGAAUUGUACUCCACUUGGUCCAGUUGCUAUAGCAUAUCCCUAUUGUGAUACCUAACUGCUGAUUACAGGUAUCAUUUUAGCAAUUCCUGCAUGUACAUGGAAUUAGAUUGGUUUGUGUAUAAUGUUAGCAUAAUUAAUCAAGUUUGUUCUUGGUGAAGCCAAUCGAGUGUGAGUCAAAUUAUCCUUUUAACAUGUCUAUCUCAUAUACAUAGUUACACUGUAUAUGUUGAACAUUAUGUGAACAUUAUGUGUAAUAAUUAUGUGAGAUGCAGUUAUGUGAAUUAUGUGAAGUGCAGUGUAGUGUGUCUGAAUGUUUUGGAGGUUGCAACAAAGAAUUUGGUUAAUCUCUAAUUUGUUUAUUUGCCUUUGAUAAACUCUUUGCUAUUUUCCAGGUCUUGGUAGAAAUGACAGACGGUGGGCUGGACUACACAUUUGAAUGUAUUGGAAAUAUCCACACCAUGCGUGCUGCACUAGAGUCAUGUCACAAAGGUUGGGGAACAUCUGUCAUCAUUGGAGUAGCUGGAGCAGGACAGGAGAUUUCUACCCGACCAUUCCAGCUUGUUACUGGACGAACCUGGAAAGGAACAGCAUUCGGAGGAUGGAAGAGUUGUGAAAGUGUUCCCAAACUUGUGGAUGAGUACUUAGCUGGCAAGUUAAAAGUAGAUGAAUUUAUUACUCACUCAUUUCCACUGGACAAAAUCAAUGAAGCUUUUGAGCUAAUGCAUGCAGGAAAAAGUAUCCGUGCCAUUGUUAACUUUUGAGGAGAAUUAGACCAGCUCUGCCAUGAGAAGAAAAAGCGGACAAGAAAAGCUUGUGUGAUUGAUUGAAUGCCAAUGACUUAAUGAUCAAGAAAACAACAAAUGUAAAUUUAGUAAUAAAAUAAUUAUAUUUUUUCGAACACCUCAAUAAAGGCAUUUUGGAUAGGCAAUUCAGUGCCUGGUGAGCAAUUGUACAAAAAUGUGAAAGAAAAGCUGAGGAAUAUGACACUAUAAGAAACAAGGACAUUGCUUUAAUUUUUUUUUUUUUUUUCACUGCUAGACUUGUAUAAUUCUUUAUUAUGUGUGGCAUAUUGCUCUUAUAUGGUCUGGGAUACACUAGGCAACCCCCCUUCCAAGGUAACUUAAUGGAGUGUUUAUGUGAGAAAAUGUUGUCCCUGUUAGCUGAUUCGGGGGUGUGGUACUCCCUGUAUUGGCCUAUACAGGGAGGCUCCACCUGAAAAGAGUACCUUUUUUCAGACUUCAGGUCUAUAAAAGGGUAGGGAUUUCUCAAGUUGAGGUACAUGAAAAGGUAGGGAAAUCUGUCAUUUAGUUAUUUGUAAAAUAUUUCAAACAGAUGCACCUUAUGGCUGUAUCGUUUCAUUUAUUAGGCACCAGACUUCCUUUUUUUGGCGAUUUAUUCAUAAUACUGGCCAGUUAUGAAAAUAUGUGAAAGGGUUACCUUUUUGUCACUUAAAGGUAUAGGAAAGGGGUACCUUUUCUGUCAAAAUGAUAAACAAAAGGGUACAGGGUUGGACCUUCAGGCAGAGACUCCCUGUAUAGAACUUCAUAGAGUACCCCUCUACCCCUGAGUUAAGGUACCCUGAGUGACUUUUUACAGCCUUUUUACAAAUAUUCAAAUACUCAGUUACCCUUCCUUUGAGUUUCUUUCAGUCAGUUGAUCACUGGGAUUGGCUAAGUUAAAUUCUGCAAACUCAACCCACACAAUAUGGUUUCAAAACGUUUUGAUGAAACUAUGUAAUGAUUUGACAGGUCAAAUCAGGUUUGACUGGUCAGAUUUGGCUAGUCAGAUUUUACUGGUCAGAUUUGACUGGUUAGAUUUGACUGGUCAGACUUAAUCGGUCAGAUUUGACUGGUCAGAUUUUCGAAUGAACAUUUUUGCACGGUUAUCACCCUUUUGACUUCAUGUAAGCCGGACAAGAUACAAUAUAUACUAUCUCAAAAUUCUCAAUGUUAUAAAA